GGGCGCGCUGUCCUGAGUCGCCCCCGGAGCAACCCGCCAGGCCGAGGCUGCAGGAGGGCAAGGUCGGCUGCUCGGGGCGCCCUUGGGCCUCAGUUUCCCCGGGUGGGCCGCCCCCGCAUCCCGGCGGCGACCGGAUGAGCAGUAGGUUUAGCCGCAAUAUGGCAACUCGUUUGAUAAGGACAGUGGCGGUUUCUGUCGUGCACCCUCUCCUCCAGCUGAGUCACCACACAGUGAAAUCCCGAGGACUAUCCACAUUGCUGCUAGGAUCCCUUCGCAGCGCCCUUCCAGUUGGGACGAGUCUCCUGAAGCCCAGCUCAGUGGUGGAGUCACUUCUUUCAAACCGUCUCAUGCCAUGUCUGCAGCCUGCUCUGGGGUUCAAAACCAAGGGCGUCAUCAAGAAGCGCUGCAAGGACUGUUACCGGGUGAAGAGACGAGGCCGGUGGUUCAUCUAUUGUAAAACAAACCCAAAGCACAAGCAAAGACAGAUGUAGUCCCUUCGGCUUGAAAAGGCUGUGCAAAGUUAUUUUUAUUUCCUUGGGAAAUUAAAAAUAAAAUUUCCUUGGGAAAAUGAGUUUACCUUGUCAGGAGGAAAAUAAAAUUUAAACGUCCUGUAGUCUAAGAUUUGUUGACCUUCAGAGUUUGUUGACUGCACUCCCCAGGUGUCUCAUCUCUUUAUAUCAGUCCCAAUCCUAUCAAGCCAGAGCCCCAGAUGGGAAACAACUCGUUUUUAUCUUUCUUCCGUGCAAGCUGCGUUUGUACUUGGACUGGAGGCUGGAGAACGUAUGGAGGGAAAGCCAGUUUUAGCCCACAAGGUUAGAAUGCAGGUCUGAAAGGUCACUCCCAGCCCUGCCUUGGUAGUCAAAGAUAUGGCUGCUUUUUACGUGGAUUCAAGCUGGUCUCCACAUUUCUGUCUUUUGAGGAUAAGGAUGAAGGGCCUUGAUGGCCAUCUUCAACUCAAGGCAAGUUUAAUUUGUAUGUAAGAGUAUAUUGGGUAUCAAAUAUGUCAUCUUUGGUCUGAGACCCCAGAGUACUAACGCUUUUACACAGCAAGUUGGUGUUUAUCAGACCCUGGUAGUGGAUUUUCUAUACCAAAAGGAUGAAUAGCAAAAUAAUGCACUGGCCGUUUUGCAAAAUAACCCACAGGAUCUCUGAAGAAAGUGUUACACAUUCCAGCGUUUGGGGAAAUACUGCCAUUUGUCAACGAUGAAAAGCCAUAAUCUAGUUAUUUGUUCUCUUUGAAAACAGUUUCUCCUGUGACCGCAUGUUUCUGCAGCCUGGUAAGGAGGUGAAUCUGCGUAAAUCCAGUGAACUUUAUGUUCAGCCUGGCACGCUUCCUGGGCUGCGAGCCAUUCUAAACUACAGUGCAGUAGCCUGGCUUCAAGUUACACCAGCACAGAUAGCACCGGAUGUUUCUCC